UUCCGGCCAUCGAGAUCCGGCCACCGGCAGCUCUUAAACCUCACACUGCUUCUUUCUCAUCUUGCAUCGCCGGCGGACAAAGUUCUCCAAAAUUAUGUUUUCCGGAGGUGCAAAACAGUCGAUCGAGAUCCUUUGCAGGCGAUUGAGCACUCCUAUACAUUCCAGAUAUGGUUACUCUACGCAGGCAUAUAGGGAAACCAUCAUUUCUGAACCAAAAACAACCGGAACUGGUUUGUUUGUGAGAAAAUAUUCGAACGAUGCUUCACCUUCAGACCAUAUGAACCUUAUAAAAAAGUUAAGGGAGAGAACCAGUGCUCCUAUUAAAGAGGUCAAGUCUGCUCUUGUUGAUUGCAAUUGGGAUUUGGAGGCUGCUCAGAAGGAACUGCGGAAAAGGGGAAUUGUUCUUGCAUCUAAAAAGUCAUCUCGCACUGCAGCUGAGGGUUUGCUUGCUCUGGCUCAGAAUGAAACCAAGGCUGCUGUUAUUGAACUCAACUGUGAAACUGAUUUUGUUGCAAGAAAUGAAAUAUUUCAAUACUUGGCCUCAUCUUUGGCCAAGUUGGCGCUGUCCGCUGAGAGUUCAGAACAACUAUCUGGUACCUUCCCUGUUGGACCUCAUAGUUUGCAGGAUUUGAAGAUCAACUUUGACCACCCCAAAUUAAAUGGAGAAAGAACAGUUGAGAACGCCAUUACAGAAGUGGCUGCCAUGAUGGGCGAGAAUAUAAAACUUAGAAGGGGUUUUGCCAUGUCUAUGUCUAAGCAUGGUGUAAUGUCUACAUAUCUCCAUACAUGUCCCCAACCUGGGUUGGGACGAAUUGCUGGAAUUCUGUCACUUGAAGUUGAGGAUGAAAAUGCUUCACUGGAUGCUGUCCAACGAGUUGGUUCAGAAUUGGCCAUGCAUGUGGUGGCAGCAAAGCCUUUAGUUCUAACAAAGGAGCUUGUUUCUUCUGAUGCAGUCCAGAAUGAACGUGAGAUUCUCAAGUCUCAGGCUGAAAGUUCGGGUAGACCCCAGGCAGCAAUAGAAAAGAUGGUUGAAGGUCGAUUAAGGAAGUAUUUUGAAGAAGUUGUUCUAAUGGAGCAAAAAUUUAUCGUGAAUGACACUGUCAAUGUAAAGACGCUCUUAAAUGAUCUAUCCAAGGAAGUGGGAUCCCCUGUGAAAAUUGGAAACUUUCUAAGAGUGGAAGUUGGAGAAGGACUUCAGAGGGCUGAUGCACCUGAAGCUUUAGCUCAAGCCGCAUGAUCUGGUGAUCUUGUUUAUCUUAUUCUUGUUUUAUUAAAAUGCAAUGAAGUUUGCCUUUGUUUUUAGAUGCUGAGAAUUUACGUCAUUUUUCCGGAUCUCUAGUGUAUGGAUAGUAAUGAUUUAAGGUUUCGGUAACCUUAACACAUGAUUAAUUUAUAGUAUUCCAAAUAAAAACUGUGCAAUAUUACAUAUAAGAAACGAGUUUUUAGUG